AUGAGCACUCACCAGGGCCCGAAAGAGGCCGGCCUCUACAACCCUCUCAAGACCAACCAAGUUCGGCUUCUGCGACUGAAUCCAGACCCCGACUCAGAUGAAACGAGCCAGCACAGCUACCGGGACGUCCUCAUAAACAGCCAAGUCGUCACGCUCGGAGCUGAUCUCGCCGCCUGCGUUCACAGGCUCUCGCAAUUGGCAGGAAGCAACUCCGAGCUCGACCCUCCCGUUCUUCACAUCUGGAUCGACAGCAUCUGCAUCGAUCAGUCAAAUCUCGACGAGCGCGCGGCUCAAGUCUCCCUCAUGGGUCAGCUGUACCGCAGCGCCAUCAGAACACUUAUCUGGCUCGGUCCCGACUCCAGCGACUGCUACGGCGCGUGGGAGCUGCUGGACAGCAUACACCACAUCUUCAGGCAACAGAAUCCCAGAGCAACGGAGCCGAAUGACAUACCCACCCGCAUGUACCGACCCUCUGCACACGAAGCCUCCGGCCUGCCGCCAUGGGAAGACUUUCGGUGGUCGCAUCUUAAGAACCUCGUAAGGAGGCGGUGGCUUUCUAGGAUCUGGGUCGUUCAGGAGGUCGCCCUGUCGACGCAGGAUCCAAUCUUCCUCCACGGGGAGCAUUAUUUCCCCUGGAGUCACUUUGGCUGGGCGGCGGCUUGGCUGCGCAAAAAUGGCUACAUGCGACUGUCUCAAGUGCCCGAACAGCUGCGUAAUAUCGACACCAUGGCUAAUCUCCAGCGAGCGCAGACGCUGUGGCCCCUUGAUGCGCUCGUCUCAAUCACGCAGGUCAAGUUCAACGCCACCGACCAGAGGGACAAGAUCUAUGGACUCAUGGGUCUUGCUCGCGAAUGUCAGGAUCUGGCUACUAUGCCUCUCGAGCUGAGACCAGACUAUCAGAUUGACGUGACGGAUGUAUACCUGAGGGUUGGGCGAUACAUGCUGCAACAGAGCCGCUCGCUUGCGUUCUUGACCCGAGCACGUUGUGUCGAUGGCAGUAUCACCAGAAGACAGCGGGAGGAGAGUCUAGAUAUACCCUCGUGGUGCCCGGACUGGAGCGAUUUCAAGAAUCCCAACGAGGGCAUCGCUACAAGUCUCUCGUGGGUGCAUGCCGGAGACAAGUCUAGGCCAGCCAGACUCGGCUUUCUCGAACAAUUCUCUGCAGCGUCUGGGCUUGAACUUGAGAUCCGUCAUGAAGGCGAUCCGCGAGUACUCUCACUCGUGGGUAUCAGGGUGACCACAGUCGAGGUAGCUUUGCCGUUUGGUGUGAAUCCUUCUCGCAAGGUUGAACCCGAGCAGCCUUUUACAGAGCAGAUGACGCGCAUCUUGUCAGAGGCGCUGAAGACACUCAAACGGGAGACCAUAUCUGCCUGGACGAGACAGUUUGUUAGCGCAACUACAGUCGAGCAGCAUUCCUUUGUCGGCCGGGACUGGGAACAGUCUGUCGCGGACGGCGCAGCCUAUGUCCAUCAUCUUAUGCUAAACGACAUAUCACUUUCGUCCUUGUGCGUAGAGCAGAGCGGGGAUCCGAAUGCUCUUUCCGUACUCCAGGACUUAUCAUCCGGUGGAGCUGCAGACUACUACAAGAGCCUGGUUCACAACUAUGGUUUCGAUAGGGCCUUCUUGGUUACGGCAGACGGGAGAAUGGGCAUUGGUCCAUCAAAUAUUCGGCAGGGAGAUGCUGUUGUCGUGCUUGCAGGCGGCGAUGUGCCGUACUGUGUGCGUAAGGAGGGAGACUGCUGGCUUUUGGUGGAAUGCGUUUUAGGUAGAUUCAACGGACAGAUAACGUACUUCGUGAGCGAGCGUCGCAUUUCAUCUUCUCCGCCUAUCUUUUCACUUCCACAAUCAAGUCUUCACGACUAA